UCCUCUUCAGAUAAGGAUGCUAAUAUAGUUCAGCUUAAUACACAACACACAGUUCAUACAGAGCUUUGAAUCAAAUCAAAUACAUCUUAAUUAUUUUUUAUACUAUGUAGAACAAUAUAGUAUGAGCAAUGGUUUGGAAUGUGCCAUGAUUCUUGGAUUGUAUAAUGAAAAUAGAGUGUGAUACAUCUUAGAAUAGAUAGUAAGAAGCAUAUUUUCUAAGAUCAUCAAAGAUUGUAUACAUGUAAUGUUACAAUGCAUUACAUUGUACUCCAUUUUCAUGACUCUACAUUCUGCAAUACAGGUGCAAAAUCCUCAAUUUUUCUACUUAAGAAAAAAUCAGUAGGAUUGAGAACAAUCCACUUGAACCAAUUAAUAUUUCAAGUCGGACAAAAUGGAAAUAGCAUACUUGAGUCCUGACCACAAAAUCUUGGACAAAAAGAUAUUGCGAGUUGGAUAUUUCUUGAUGCACUAUUGUUUGUUACUCCAUCCGUCCCAAGGAAGAUGACCCAUUCCUUGGUUGCACGGGAUUUUAUGCAACUUUAUUUUGUGUGCUAAGUGGAGAGAAUGAAGUAAGAGAGAGGGGUAAAGUAGCGAUAAAAGGUGUUUCCAUUUUUAGUAAUGGAUUGGUAUGUCAUGACCAUUAAAUAUUUUUUCAUUGAUUGGGACAAACUAAAAAGGAAAGUAGGUCAUCUCGGUGGGACGGAGGACUUAUUAGUGGGAGUUAGAUACAAAUGGGUUUGUAGGUUUUUGACCAGAUGAUGUGGGUUGUUAUUGAGGAAUAUAUUGUAAAGGAAAUUAUCCUUGUGAGACAGAUUGUAUUUUCACUCGUGGAAAUUCUUCUAGGGUGCAUCAAGUUGAUGCACAAACCAGAAGUUAAAAAUUAAUCCAGAAGAAUAGCUCCCGGGAUAAUUAAAUCCAGCUCCCUAUUAAAAAUUGACUUAAAUACACUUUGCAAUAUAUGACUAGAGAAUAUUAAGACAAAAUAAGGAUCACUAUUAAACAGUUAACUAAACAUCAGCAAACUAACAACUCCACUAGCAUUGUUCAGGAAAUUCCCUCAAGAUGUCAAUUCAACACGAAACUCUAUCACAAUCGAAAAUAUAACAAAACGACUGAAAAUGAGCUGCCUCCGAAAUAUACAGAAACCCUCAAAUUAGAUAGAGGGAAAAUAUCGUUAAUACUCACGGAAAAUAAAGACGCCGGAGACGGCGCCGGCGAGCGAGGAAUAAACGAAACGACGGAAGCCUAAAUCGAGGAAGGCAUCCCAUAUCGCAGUAUAUUCAAACAAGAGUGAUGAAAGUACGCUACUUUUGGCUUAGUCCCAUCAAUUCCAAUCCACUACAAAAAAGUGCAUAAAUCCACGGGUUAAUCACCUCAGGUCAAAAAGUGCAAAUCGCAGAGAGCGACUCCACCUCACAUAUCGCCAUGGCAGAAAGCGAACCUCCACCGCCUCCCGCCGCCCACUACCCGCCGGAGCACUCAGAAAAGCCACCACCAUUGGAAGACCCAUCAGCUUCGUCGGCGGCGGAGGACAAUAAAGGAGAAAUCUUGAAAGAAACGGUUACUAUAAUUCAAAAAGAAUCCCCUUUGGAAACUACUCUCUCUCAACCGCUAUCAGCUGCUUUAACAUUGCCCCAAGCAACGGAAAAGGGGAAAGUCCCAGAAUCUCUCGUUUCUUUCAAGGAAGAAAGCAACAAAAUUUCGGAUCUUUCUCUCGAUGAGCGGAGAGCCCUCGACGAGUUCAAGCUUCUAGUUCAAGAAUCUCUUAAAAGUCGAGUCUUUUUGGAGGGUUUGGCUUCAGACAGCGAGAAAUCAAGUGAGGAGGUAUCAAUAUGGGGCGUGCCGUUGCUGAGAGAUGAGAGGAGUGAUGUUGUUCUGCUUAAAUUUCUGCGAGCUCGUGAUUUUGAUGUGAGGGAUGCUUAUGUUAUGUUGAGCAACACAAUCAAAUGGAGAAGGGACUUUAGAGUUGAUCAACUCUUGAAGGAGGAUUUGGGGGAUGAUCUUGAGAAAGUUGUUUAUAUGCACGGCCAUGAUAAGGAGGGGCACCCGGUUUGUUACAAUGUUUAUGGUGAGUUUCAGAAUGAAGAACUUUACAUGAAGAUUUUUGCAGAUGAGGAGAAGAGGUGGAGGUUUUUGAGAUGGAGGAUUCAGUUUCUUGAAGCAAGUAUUAGGAAGCUGGAUUUUAGUCCUGGUGGGAUCAACACUAUCUUUCAAGUUAGUGAUCUCAAGAACUCGCCUGGCCUCGGGAAGACUGAGCUUCGGAUUGCUACUAAACAGGCCUUGCAGAUUCUUCAAGAUAACUAUCCUGAGUUUGUAGCAAAGCAGGUUUUCAUCAAUGUUCCUUGGUGGUAUCUUGCUUUCUACAGAAUGAUCAGUCCCUUCUUGACUCAGAGGACAAAGAGCAAAUUCAUAUUUGCUGGCCCGACAAGGACUGCUCCUACUCUUUUCAAGUACAUUUUACCAGAGCAAAUGCCAACUCAAUACGGUGGGCUUAGUGUGGAUCUCUGUGAAUGCAACCCGGAAUUCUCCAUGGACGAUCCAGUCACUGAGAUCACUGUGAAACCGGCAACCAAGCAAAUCAUGGAGAUUAUUGUGCAUGAGAAAUGCAGCCUUGUGUGGGAGAUUCGUGUGGUGGGAUGGGAAGUGAGUUACAGUGCUGAAUUUGUACCACAGCGUGGUUACACGGUGCUGAUACAAAAGAGCAUGAAGAUGGCUGCAAACGACGUGCCAGUUGUGCACGACAAUUUCAGUGUUUCUGAGCUUGGUAAGAUAUUGCUUACCAUUGACAACCCAACUUCCAAGAAGAAGAAGCUGCUGUAUCGAUUCAAAGUUGCUCCCUACGUCCACCAAUCUUGAAGAAAAUAGCAAAUUCAUGCUUGGAUUCACUCUUUCUUGAUGCAUUUUUAUCAUAUUCAAAUUGCUUCCCCGUUUUGUUCUUUGAUACAAUGCUGGAAAUUUGGUUUUCAUUUUGGCGAUUGUGUGCGCGGUUGAGGAGGAGGAGACGUAGAUUUCAUAUAACUCCUAUAAAAAGGUAAAAAGUUCAAAUAUGGAAUGUUUUUAUUUGUUUCAUGUUGUAUGUGACACAUGUAUUCUUGACGCUUGUUAUACAUAGAUUUGCGUGUCUUUUUAAUUGCUGGUUUGGUAGUCAUGUCUCUUUAUCACUUUUUUAUGAAUUGCAAUCAAUAAAAUUAUUGUAAUACUAUGUGAAA